CUGUCCAGGCAGCGCAGGACAGACUGGAGGAGAAUCCGCCCACGUGUACACCGGGAUGAAAAUGGCUUUAAUGAGCCCCCAGGACACCGUGGGAGUAGCCACACUGCUGCCCCAGUUGCCGAGAGCAGCACCCUAAACUCUGCCAGCCAGGGGACAUCAGAGUCCUCAAGGAACUCCCCUGCAGUUGGCUACAACCUCCGGAGCAGACAGGGGCGGCGAGCUCAGACAAGAAGCCGCUCUCCGUUGCAGCGUCGGGCCCCAGAUUCUCCAAGCCAGCCCCGAAGACGCCAAACACGUGGGAGCAGGCAGGCACCAACCCGAAGUGCUGAGAGCGGCACCAACAGACGCACAAGACGGGGAGCACCGCGGCCCUCAAGGGCUUCCACAGCAGCUGAUGGAAGCCGGUCCACACAGCCAGGGCGGGCCCGGACUCGAAGCCGCUCCCCUCUUGAACAUCGGGCUGCAGAGACCCGCAGCCAGCCCCGAAGAUGCCGCAGGAGCCGCUCCAGGCGGCGAGGGCCAGCCCAGGGGUGAAGCCGCUCCCGGGUACCACGUCGGGCCCCAAACAUCAACAGCCAGCCCCAAUGAUGUCACGGGAGCAGCCAUGUGCAAGCUCCAAUUCUAUCCAAAGUCAUCACAGUCCAUCACAAUAAAACUGAGAGUUCCAUCA